AUGGCGAGACUAAACGAUCCUCCAGCUCCUCCCACGGAGAGCAUCGAUGCUUUAAAAAGACGCUUUAUCCGUCAAAAUCGCGAAAUAGCCCGAGUUAAUUCGACCCAGUCGCAGCGAAUUCGCAAUAUGGAAACUGAAAUAUCACGACUCGUAGCUGAAAAUGUGUCUCUCCGAGAGCAAGCGAUCGCAGCAAAAGCAGAAGCAGACAGAUGGCGCAAAGUCAAUUUUGUCAGUCAAGAUGUCAUGGACAUGAAGGACCGACUUCAGAACAAAGUUAACGAAAUGGCAAUGCUGCUGAUCGAGAUGGGUGAUCUGCCCGAGAAAGCAGCUAGAAAAACGAGGCGCAAGAGUCGCACACCGACAGAAAGUCUGGCAGAACAGGAAUGGAAAUACCGCCAAUCAAUCAGGGAAGCCACAGCCCUGGAAAAAGACGCGCAGGAAGGUCGCUUGCCGGUAAUAAUGGAAGACAAACAAUACCCAAGACGGACUCUAGAAAACGCCGAGAUUCUGUAUGUCAGAAAUGCAGGGUCAGCGCUGGAAAUCUCCGAAUCGCCAGAGAUAGGGCCGCCGCCAGUUGCACACUUUGACGUUAACGAAGAAGUUUCCUACGACAACCCCCGACAGUCGCUCGAAGGAACAAUAGAGGACCAGAUGCAGAUUUCUGCCACGGUGGAAAAGCGGAGGAAACGACGGACUAGUGCUCUCUUGCAAGACAUGCAGACCGAGGAAGCUGCCGAACCUACGAAAUCGACUCCAAUGUUAUUAAAGACUGGAGCCAAACGAAAACUGGAUGUCUCUGAGCUGGAAGAACCUGCAUUACGCCCGAACGAGGACGAUGAGUUUGUAUUUCGUCGCACACAAGACGCAGUCGCUGGCGUAGGAGCGGGAAAGAAGCCGUCGAGGUUCACACGAGCCCCUGGCCGGGAGAAUCAGAUGCUAGCAGAGACGAAGAUCCCAUCGCCACAGAAAUCAAUGGGCGAUAGGAAAAUCCUAGCUCCAAAGACGACCAACUCACCAUCCAAGAGGAAGAUUGUUGUCUCCCAGAAACUAGAUCCUGACCCACGAUCCAACGGUGAGAACCAAAGACCCACGAAUGGCAAGCCCUCACGAAGAACGACCCUACCACCGCCGCUUCCCGUUAAGGACAUAAUUAAGGACACGGAAAAAGCAGACGAGGCGAACAACCUGCCACCAAAGACUCCAGCAGCACAGGACGAAGACAUUCUUUCCCCGAUCUCGACUGAACCUUCAACCCGAACGACCCAUCACGCCAAGGAGGCAGCCAUCUCGAAUUCUGUCGAGGAUGUACUUAAUGGGAGCAUUGGUCGAGGUUCUCGACGGGCAAGGCCAGCAGUUAGCUAUGCCUUGCCAAAUCUACGUGAUAAGAUGCGAAGACCUACGAAAGAGCUUGUUGGGGCCGUUGAGGGGAUCGAGAAGCAGCGAGACACGUCUGGCAGGACAAGCAUCCGAUUGUCUUCGGCGGACCGAGUGAACUCAGAAGAGCCCCAGUCGGCGGUCGGGCAAAUCAAGCAGGAGGCGACUGGCGUCGAUGAGAAGUGGAAAGAGUUUCCUAUGAAGAAGGAUGAACCGACAAGUCCUUUGCGAGACAAGGAACGGAAAGAGGUUGCUAGAGGCAGACCUACGAAAAGGGACGAGGCUCAAACGGAACCAAAACACGAGCGUCAACGCAGUAUCGGUGAACAACUCAAGGACGCAGUCGAUCGAUUGAGUAUCUAUGAUCCACCGAUAUCUUCGCCCAUUGAAGAACCACAAAAGGCGUCGAAGGCACCAAGACCACGGAGAACGACAUUCCGUUCAAGCUACACCAAGUUCUUCAAGCUCGACCCAAGCGCCUACACCCUUAUCACGGAUGAGCUCAACGUCCAGAGCCCCUCCAUCACGGCCCGGCUCUGCAGCAAGCUCAAGAGACGAGGCGUCGUCUUCAUCUCGAACUUCAGGGGUGAAGCGCUCGAGCAGCGUUGCUUCGAAUCUACAUACGGCCGAGAUAACCGCGAACAAAGGGGUCGGCCAAGACCCCGAUCAGACGAUUACUCGCCGAAGGAGUACGAUGGUUUAGAAGACCUCGCAGCCUGA